CAGCCCGCUGUGGCUGCACGUACUUCCGACUCAUGAACUCCAUGCAAAGUUGCCGGGGACGCUUUGCUAACGGCUAAAGGCUAACGGAACAGAUAGAAAGCUUAGACGAUUUUCAACACACAGGAGAAACAAAGUAAUCUGCACCGGUGCCAAAAGAAACCGGUCUAAUCUGACAACACACGGUUAAGGAACACAGUCGAAUAUGUUUAGUGUGUUAUAAUAAACAGUACACUAACAUACAAUCCAAGCCAAGCGGCAGGGACUUCAUUCCACACCCAGCAAAAUGGAAACAGAGGCAGAGGUAAUCCCUAUAUGGCAAAAUAAACCACAUGGGUCAACUCGUAGUGUGGUGAGACGAAUUGGCUCUACGCUGCCUCUUAAACCCUGUUCCAGAGCAUGUUUCCAGGAACUCCCCGGCCUUCCUUCAAUGCGCUCCAUGGGUGGGCCACUGGUUCCAACACUAGCAGAUAUUGCCUGGAUUGCGGAUGAUGAGGAGGAAACGUAUGCCAGAGUCAGAAGUGACACACGCCCCCUGAGGCAUGAGUGGAGGCCGACACCCUUGCUGGUUAUGCACAGAAACUCGUCUGUACCCAACUUCAGAAGAGAAGGCAGGCGGGUUGAAGGUCUAAGGAAACCAGGAGUAACUGCUCUGAACCGCACCACAGCUUUACAGGAUGAGCUGAGUCGACUCAAAGCCCAGAUUGCCAAGAUAGUUGCUGCAGACUCAGGUUCGAAUCCCAUUACCCCUGACCUGCUGUCCCCUGAUGACACUAGUGUGGGCUUCUCUAUGGCUCCCUUUGAGACCGCAGCCUACCAGUCUGCACCAACAGCCUCCUUUGUCAUCAGUGAUGUCACAGAGGAAGAGGAGGAAGAAGUGGAUGAUGAUGAGGAGGAGGUUUCAGAGCUGGUGCCUGAUCCCAUCAUGCCAGUUUCCAUGACAGCAUCAGCAACUUUCGAUCAUGAUCACCCACCUAUGGACUUCCGAGAGCCAGAGGAAGACACAGUGUCUCUAUCAAAGUCAACAAGCUUUGCUGAUGUCAUGGACAUUCUGAAAGAUAUGAACCGCAUGAAGAUGAGCAAGGAUAGAUACAACCGUGGGUGCACCUCACUGAGGGAGGAAGACUCUGCCUCUCUUAUAUCUGAAGCAUUGAGGAAGAAAUUUGUUCUGAAUGACGAUGACAUGAACGUGAGGAAAUAAUCUCAUCUCGGCAGUUUCUCCAUGUCUGUGCCUGUGGACUGUCACCAUGGAAACCCCAUAAUACAUCCAAAUAAUUUGAAUAGAGAUCUGCUGCGCUCCUCAGUGCUCCCACAAUGCUGCACGCUGUGACAUGGCAGGAGGAUAGAGGAGCACCUCUCCUCCGCACACAUACACAUACACACACGCUCCAGCUGGCACUGAUGGGCCAACCGGACCAUGCAUAUUCUGUUAAAAUGCCUGUGUGUGUGUGUGUGUGUGUAUGUGUGUGUCUGUUCAUAAGGGUCCAGAUGGGUGGUCUUCAUACUCUGCAGAUUGUUGACCACUCUGCCAUUUGUGGUUCCAUUAUACAUUUCUAAUGUAUAUGUUACUUCCUGGUUCAUCCUACAUCUGUUAAUCAAGCCAGGAAACAACAGAGUUCCUGGAGGAGCCCAGUUUUUCUAUUUCUGAAGAUCUUUAGUUUGAAAAUGUAAAAGUGUAUUUCUUGCCUUACACUUACUCAUACAACCCUGUAAUACUUGAAGCUGUUUUUGAUGAGUGAUUUGAUGUUGCAAUACAUGCGGCCACAUUUGUCUUCAUUUAUGAACUAAAUGAGCAAAGACAUUAUUUAAAGAAUAUGCGUGCAUGUACACUGAAAGACUGCAUUUUUUUCUAUUUAGUGCUUUGUGAUGUCCCAUUCUCUGUACAGACUUUUGAAGUGUGUACUGAGCCACACGACUGGUGUGUUUAAGAAAAUUAUGUAAAAUGUCUUUGAAUUCAUAAUGCGUGGGGUGUAUUUUCGGGAAGUACAUGGAAAGAAAACUCUAGGUUUUUGGUAGUGUGGAGCAGAUUGUAAAUGUUUCUGUAUGUGCAGAAUAGCAUGUGUGAUGCGUUGCAUUAAGUGUGACUGUUUAGUAAAAAUAAUUAAUGUUUUCUCCUUGCUAAGUGUAACAAGAAGCUAUUUUAAUAAAUAUGCUGCUUGUGUUCCAUGUACACAGUCUAAAGUGGAAAUCAAACACAAAAUGUGCAUUUUAACAUUUGUUUAGUUAUUUCUCAUGCCUGCAGCCUUUAUCAUUGUUUCUGACAAAUGUACAUUAUUAACAGUUUUUGUACGGCAUCAAACUUGUUUUUUCAGGACCCCACUAAACAAAGUAGAUACUAUUUGUGGAUACCUUGAGUCUAGCUAUGUACUGUAUAUAGAGCGACAGGGCUCUCCUGAUUUUGAAGUGGUUGAUGUCCUCAGGGCAACAUUAUGUUGACCCUGGGACAACAUUUCAAUCAACCAAUCAGAUUUCAGAAAUAAGUUUACAGUUUGUUUUAAGUUUAAGCUUACAACCAGGAUUAGCUGUUUCUAGACCAUUGUUUUUUACUUAUGUCCCUCUGAUUUUAGGGUUUGGUUAUGGUUGGGGUUUGGGGUAGGUUUAGGUUUUAUUUAAAAAAAAAUUGUCCUUGAGUCAACACAAUAUGUUGCCCUGAGGACAUCUCUCACUUGGCAAAAUCAGUUCAAGCAUAGGGAUGGCUAGCUAUGUCAUUUUCCUAAAACUUUGUAAGUGAAGUCACAGUACAUAUGUCUAUAUCAGAGCCAUAUAAAAAUAAUCCAUCAAAGCUGAUAGAUAAGAAGCAUACGCACUGAACAUGGUAACAUGCCUUUCAAUUUGUCAAAACCAGGUAAAAUAUGAAUACAGUAUAUGACUGCUGGGUUUCAUCUAUAGUGAGUGGUACAAGCUGGUUUUGAAUUGGGUCAAUCUUGCAGUUCCUGGUUUCUUUUAGAAAACACUUGUAAUCUGUGCAUUAGCUUUUUGAUAAAUAAGGCAAUAACUGCCUAUUGUUUGUGUGAGAGAGCGAAAAUAAACAGUUAAAAUGCUAAAUU